AUGAAACGAUUUGAAAGCCCGGACGGGAGGUCGACAGGGGCCAUUCUCAUGCGCGCAGGCAAGGCGGCACAGGAGCCGUCCAGCACGGGGGGCCGGAAGGUGGACCGUCUCUUGGCAUCGUGGCUGCACUGCCCGCUCCCCAUGGCCUCUCUCGCUUUUGUCACACUCACAGUGCUCAUGGGACCGGCCACUGAUGCCCCCCACCUGCUCUUUGAAUUUAUCUUCUCCGGCCCUCCCGUCGACCAAUCGGCUGUUGCCACGCUGCAGCACUCUGGUUCCGCUGCAGCUGCUCAUGCUGCCCAUGCUGCUAGCGCUGCCCAUACCGCUGGCGCUGCUCAUGCUGCUAACGCUGCCCAUGCUGCCAGUGCAGCUGGCGCUACUUCUGCUUCUGCUGAAGAUGCAGGAGGGGGAACUGCUGCCUCCCCGGUUCCUGCUGUAUCCUCAGCGUUCAACCAGCUGACAGUGGUGAUGGAUGUGAUUGCACGGAAGGACCUUGUAGCAGAUGCAGAGUACAGGCAGCGAGUCUAUGAGACCUCUCAGCUGGCUCGUCUGUGGGCGCAGUGUGCUGCGGACAAGAGGCUUGAGCCGUUCUCCCCAGCCACACUCUUCCUGCGUGCUGCUCUCUCCCCAACUGCGCUGCUCUUCUCGCUCAAGCCUACUCCAACCACCACCAGCGACAGCAGUAGUUCUGUUGUAGUGACUGACGCCUCUCCUGGCAAACCAAGAGCAAGCAGUGAGAAGCCAGCACACUCUGGAGCUGUCCCACAGCAGCAGUCAGCAGGUCCACAUGAGAGUGCUGAUUGGCUGACUGAAACAGUGGAAGAAACUGUUUGCCCUCUUGCAAAGGAUGUGCUGUCUUCAUGGUUGGAAGCUGCUGGCAGUGCAAAAGCUGUUGGAGGGGAAGAUGAGCAGCACGUGCUUCUGGCGAGAGAUAAGGCGAUUGUGCAGUGUGGCAUCCAAGUGGAUCUGACCAGUAAUCUCCCGCGUUUGUUUGGGCAGAAAAUCACCGACGAAAUUGUGGAUGUGUUUAGGAACCUGUAA